AUGCAUCUUACAAACUUCAAUAUUUUUUCAUCAAGGUUUUUCCAUCUCAAAUAUUUUAUAUUAUAUACCAUGAGUUUUGAUCUUGAUCUAGGUCUAGCCUUUCAUGACUAUGAAAAGAGAGAAAACAAGAAUAAGAAAAUGGAGAGUAAGAAUUAUCUAUAUCUUUCAUUAGGACCAUCAAAGGAUGAUGAUGAAGAAAUUACUAUAACUCAAAAUUCACUUACUUCUCCAAGUAUAGAUUCUUCGAUUUCGAACUCCAUGAACACCAUGAAGAAGGAGACAUGUGAGGAAUUUGAGGUAGAGAUUGAGAAGGUUCCACUAACAAGGAUUGGAAAUGUUGAUGAAUAUGGUAAUUCAAGGAAGAAACUUAGGCUCACAAAACAACAAUCACAAGUGUUGGAACAAAAUUUCAGAGACCAUUCUACUCUUAAUCAGAACCAAAAGCAAGCAUUAGCAGAAAGGCUGAAACUACAAGCUAGACAAGUAGAAGUGUGGUUUCAAAAUCGGAGAGCCAGGACAAAAGUGAAACAAACAGAAUCAGAUUUUGAAGUAUUAAAGAAGUGUUGCGAAACUCUAACAGAAGAGAACAAGAACUUGAAAAAAGAGGUACAAGAACUGAAGUCAAUGCAAGCACCCUUUUAUGUGCAGAUUCCAGCAGCAACACUAACUUUAUGUCCUUUGUGUGGUACCAACAAGAAUGGCUCAAAAGCUCGAUAA